AUGUAUGGAAAAUUCAAUGUACCUCACUCUUUUUUGAUUGCAAUUAACGCAAUUUUAGUUUUUAGAUUACAUGCAUUUGGAUUUUUAUCACUUGACAUUAACGAAGCUACAGGAAAUGCUGCAGUUAAAGAUAUCAUACUUUCGUUACAAUGGGUAAAACGAAACAUUAUUUAUUUUGGUGGAAACAAUAAACAGAUAACAUUAAUUGGUAACAGCUCCGGAGCUUCGUUAGUACAUUUAUUGAUGUUUUCAAAAAAAUCAACAGGGCUUUUUCACCAAGUAAUACUUUUAAGUGGUACAACGCUAGGGCGCAGAUUAUUUUCCAAGUACCCUAAGUAUAUUGCAUUUCUAUUAGCACAGGAGCUAAAUAUAAAAGCAAACAAUUCAAGGGAUUUAGUACGCAAACUAAAAGAAACCGACGCCUUUGACAUAGUUGAUGCUUACACACGUAUGAAGUAUGGCGACCAUAAUAUUUUAAGAACAUACUCAACGCUUGCUCCAUGUGUUGAAAUAAACUCUACAGAAGCAGUAAUAAACGUUGAUCCGUUGAAAGUAUUGAACGAAGGAUUACCACAAAAUGUGAGAGUUAUUACAGGAUUUAACACAAACGAGGCACUUUAUAUGUUACCGCACAUAUUGAAGAAUUAUAAAGAACUUUACAAACUGAUACAGAACCCCGAAUCUCUUAUACCGUCAGAUAUAGAAUAUCCACAUGGCUCUCCAAAAGCAAAGAAACUGGCAGACUCUAUAUUGGAAUUUUAUUUUGGAAAAACCAAGCGGACCGGCAAUGAUUCUUCCAUAUCUCAACUACAAUGUUUAAUCGAAUACAUUACAGAUAUACAGUAUAUUUAUUCUAUUGAUUAUUGGGUCAAAAAGCAUAAGGCUCGAAAUGAUAGUAAGGAAUUAUUUCUUUAUGAAUUUGCAUUUGAUGGUGAAUUGAAUUGGGCAAAGUGUAAUUAUGGUAUACAUGCCUCAGGCGUAGCACAUGCAGAUGAGUUGGGAUACAUCUAUUUAACUGCAUGUACUAAGCGUUAUUUUGACGACAGUAUUAUGGAAAAGAGAACAAAACGAAUGUGGCGUGUAAUGCAAGAUUUAUUCAGUAACUUUAUCAAAUUUGGGAAUCCGACCCCUCCGGACUAUGGCAUAAUUUGGCCGGAAUAUGGUAAAAACAGAAAUUAUGUUCGAUUAAAUGACGUAAUUGAAGUAUUACAAUGUCACACAGCUAAAAGAGCGAAAGGUAUGAAAUUUUGGGAUGAUGUGUAUAGUGAAUACAAAGAUUAUGUUAAAAAUGGAGGUGUUUUGGAAAUAAAUAUGAUGCCCUAA